UAAAAAAUACAGUAAUAUAAAAUUAAAAAUUAACACAGGGACUAACCGACUGCCUAGCUCCAGCUGAAGAGAAAAUUAGUAUGUUGUAAGACAGAGCUAAAGAAAUAACACAAAAUUAUCAGAGUGCUAAAGAGACAGGAAAAUACCACAGAGACAUGGAGGAUAAAGUGAAAAGGUCAGCGUAUGUAUAAUUAAAGUUCACAAGGACAGAAGACAGAAAGUAGGGGAGAGGCAAUGUUAGAAAAUAUGCUGACUGAGAGAUGUCUGAAAGUGAUGAAGGACAUGGCAUCCUCAGAUUUAUGAAGCUCAGCAAACCCCAAAUAAGAUUAGAAACAAACAGAGCUGGAAAUCUAUACUUAGCCGACAUUGCAAUCAAGCUGCAGAUCACCAAAGACUAAGAAAAAAAAGAGCCAGAGAGAAAAAAUGGACUACCUACAAAGGAUGAAAUUUUGACCGACAAUGACAUUUUCAACAACAAUGAUAACAUAAACCAGAAGACAGUGGAUUGAUAUUUCCAAAUUGUUAUGAAAAUAUAUGUCAUCCUAUAACUGAAUACCCAACAGAACUAAAUUUCAAAAUGAGAGCACAAAUGAGGAUAUUUUAAGAUAAACUACCACUGAGAACAUUGGCCCCCAAAAUCCUCAUUAAAGAGACUUCUAAAGAACAUAAGUGAAGAAGGAAAAUGACACUCGAAAAAUGUCUGAGAUGCACAAAAUUUAAUAAGAUACAGAGGAUGGAACUCUGACGGUUACGCAACAUCAUGUCUAUCACUAGACUCAUGCGUCUGGGGAAGAACACUUAAACCAUGAAAAUAUUCUUCCUUAGAAGAAGGACUUGGGAGAACUGGGUGAUGAGCAGGAAGGUGCCCCUUCCUGCUUUGUCCAUGUUACUCAACAAAUGCUCGUCUUAAAAAAAAAAAAGAUAGGAAGGGUCAAAUGGAAAAAUAGUUUUGAGAGGACUUACAAAAUUCUCAGUGGAAUAAAUUCCUUUCUCUGUAGAAAUAUUUCCUGCCUUAACUAAAACAACCAUAAGACUGAAUGGUUUAAUGAAGCAGAUACUGGGUGUCUUCUGGGUUGGGCAACAGAGGCAGUGUUUCUGGGGGCUUGUGGUUACAUGUGUGAGGGCUCUGGAGACUCAAAGGUUCUCAGCAGCUCUUGGGGGAUUUGUGACCAUGUGUGUUCCGUCACCUCUCUAAGUUUCAAUUUUCACAGGCGUAAGAUAGCAACCAUUUCACAGAAUUCUUGUGAGGAUUAAAUGAGAUAACACAUGAAACUCAGUACUGAGCACAUGGUAAGCCUUCAUGACAUGUUAACUGAUAUUGUUCUAAUGACAACACUGGUAGCCUGUGUUGUCCCCUACAUUUCCUGAAAGCAGAUCAUCUUUGGCCACCUAUCCAGAGCAUUUCACAUAUGAUACCAAACGCUGCAGAGGAGAGCUGUUAAAUUAAUUUGUGUGAAUCUGAGAUUUUAACAGAAUAUAUAAUUCUUAUUAUUCAUACAUCUUUUCAGAUAUUAUUUUGAUCGCUUUAAUCAUAUUUUGAGAAAACUGUUUUUAGAUCCAGUGCUGAGAAAUUUGGAUAAGUUUUUAAUUCUGAUUUUAAUUUUUACCUGAUGCCCAAAGAAGAUAAUCCACAGCUCCUAAAACAGUACCAACCAUUGAUGGUUGGUAAAAAUCAGAAUUAAAACAGUACCAACCAUUGAUGACAAUGAUCAGAAGAUAAAAUGUUAUAGGAAACAUUUGCCUUCAUUUAUCAGUUGAAUAGCUACUUAUUAACACUCUACUGUGUGUCAAUGUGAUAGUCAUCUCUUAAGAAUUAUUAAUUAAUUAAUACAUACUAGAAAUAUUAAUUAAUGCUGGAAAUAUUAUUUUCAAAUUUCACAUAGUUUCUGAUGGUAUAAAAACAUAUCACUAGACCUUUAUACUGCUGAGGAAGUGGUGCUAGAUAGCUCUACAGCCAGGAGUUGGUACAUUUCUUCCCUAACCACUUAAUUUUCAUUUUGCCAAUAUACUGUUUCCUGUAGAGGAAAUGGAGCAUAAGCAUUCCUUUUUUAUAUUUUGAUAGUGUUACCUAUUUCUAAAUGUAAAUUUUGACAUCCUUUACUACUGCUCAAAGUAGAGAAGCCAUGUGUCAUCCUCAUUUCUCCCCGUCUUAUAAUGCUUUGCAUGACCACAUUUAUACAGCCCAAACUAGAAAAAAUGUUGCAAAUAUUACUGACAAUCAUUCAAAAGUAUGUUAUCUACUUAAAGUCUUAUUUUUUAAUCUUACACUUACCCAUGUUUCUUGGGAUGAUGAUUUUGUUGACCGAGGAGCCAGAUAAAUCUGCUUGCACCCAGAAGAGAAACCAAUAUUAUUGAGGGGACAGGAAAUUGCACUCAUAUUUCAUCACAAACCAAUGAGGAAGCAGCAUAUUAAUGAGAAGGAUGUACAUUAUCCAAGUUUGAGCAACAGAAGUCUCCUAAGUAUUUUAAAAGAUGUUUUAUGUAUUAUUUACUGUAGUAUAAUUUUUAUUACUCACUUUUCUCUUUGCAUCUUAAUUACAAUUGUAUAUUGAUACUAUAUGUGCUUUAUUUGAUAGAAUAUGUACUAGAAUCUCAUUCAUUCAUUCACUCCCUCCCUCACUCAUUUGUCUGUCAACACAUAUAUCUAUCCUCCUCUCCUAAGAGACCACUGUGCUGGCAGAUAUAUAGGACCUGACCCUAACCCAUAAGGAGCUUAUCACUUAGGGAAGGAGAAAGCGCUAAUAACCGCAAUGGUAAAAAUAGUAAAAAUGGAUAAAUACUCCAAGAGAGGUACAAAAAGAUAGGAUGAGUCGUUGGAUGUAUAGAAUAGGAGAGGCUGUUGUAGAUGGAAUCAGGGUGAUCAAGAUCCUGGGAGAAAAACAACAGAGAGAGAAUGAGGAUGUGUGUAUAAAGAGCAUGUUCAUUGCUUAAUGGCAUGAUGGUGGGGUCAAGGUAGCCAACUAGGUAAAGUUUUUGUUUUUUUUUUCAAAGGGAUUAUAUAUUAGCUAUACAGUAUUUUAUUGUAGAACCAUUUUCUCCUUUGAUUUUCCUCUUGGAAGAGAAGAUUCCAUCAGAAAUUGCUAAACCAUGCUAAAGCCACUUGAACUAACUGGCUUAGGCAAAUCAAUAAUUUUAUGAGACUUGAAACUUUAUUUGAGAAAGACAUGGGAUGUUAUAAUGAAAAUUUACUUAGUAUAGUAACACCUUGACAGUUGUUGCCAAAUCUGUAAGUGAUCUUUUUUUUUUUUUUCGGUACGCGGGCCUCUCACUGCUGUGGCCUCUCCCCUUGCGGAGCACAGACUCCGGACGCGCAGGCUCAGCGGCUAUGGCUCACGGGCCCGGCCGCUCCGCAGCAUGUGGGAUCUUCCCGGACUGGAGCACGAACCCGCGUCCCCUGCAUCGGCAGGCGGACUCUCUACCACUGCGCCACCAGGGAAGCCCUUGCUAGCUGAUGAAGAGAUGGAAAUUCCAGAGCUGUUGAGUCUCUGACAUUUAAACAACUCCAAGGGUGAAGUCCAGAUAGGAGGCUAUCUCAGGACUACAUGUGUGAGAGGCCUGAGACAAACUUACCACAUUCCCCUGUGCCCAGCACAGCGCUGGUCAGGGCACACGAGGGGUGCACAGAAGUGAUGCAAGGCCUCAGCCCACCUCAUGGCGCUUCCAAUGGUCCAGUGUGUCACAGAAGAAGCCUUGUCCGCAUUGAUGGGGGACAACCCAGGACACCUCUGACACCCAGUGUGUGUGGGUUUUCCUUCCACCAACAACCAGUUCUCCAGUACUCCAGACACAAGCUAGAAGUCCUUCAAUUUAGUUCACUUCUGACACUAAUUACCUGGAGUACGCACCAGAUUCCACAAGGCAACCUCCCGACUUCUAGUAAAUUACCCAGAGCCCUAUCGUUCUCAAAUACUGGAUUAUCUCUUUAAGCCGAACUUCGGUGCCUCUUUGCAUAUUCUAAAAGUUGAAAUAGGUGGUGAUGGGCAGACAACAGAUGGCACCGAGCCCUCCCACAUGCACUAUGCACUAGAUGAGAAUUAUUUCCGAGGAUAUGAGUGGUGGUUAAUGAAGGAAGCUAAGAAGCGGAACCCUAAGAUCACACUCAUGGGGCUGCCAUGGUCGUUCCCUGGAUGGCUGGGGAAAGGUUUCAACUGGCCUUAUGUAAAUCUUCAGCUGACUGCCUACUAUGUCGUGAGUUGGAUUGUGGGCGCCAAGCAUUAUCAUGAUCUGGACAUUGAUUAUAUCGGAAUUUGGAAUGAGAGGGCAUUUGACAUCAAUUAUAUCAAGGUGUUAAGAAGAAUGCUGAACUAUCAAGGUCUCCAGCAAGUGAAAAUCAUAGCGAGUGAUAAUCUCUGGGAGCCCAUUUCUGCUUCUAUGCUGCUUGACUCUGAGCUCUUGAGGGUGAUUGAUGUCAUAGGAGCUCAUUACCCUGGGACCCGUACAGUAAAGGAUGCUAGGUUGACUGAGAAGAAACUUUGGUCUUCUGAAGAUUUUAGCACUUUAAAUAGUGAUGUGGGCGCAGGCUGCUGGGGUCGCAUAUUGAAUCAGAAUUAUAUCAAUGGCUACAUGACUGCCACAAUUGCUUGGAAUUUGGUGGCUAGUUACUAUGAACAGUUGCCAUAUGGGCGUUGUGGACUGAUGACUGCUCAGGAGCCAUGGAGCGGGCACUAUGUAGUAGAAGCUCCUAUCUGGAUAUCAGCUCAUACCACUCAGUUUACUCAACCAGGUUGGUAUUACCUGAAGACAGUUGGCCAUUUAGAAAAAGGAGGAAGCUAUGUAGCUCUGACGGAUGGCUUAGGUAACCUCACCAUCAUCGUUGAAACUAUGAGUCAUAAACAUUCCAUGUGUAUACGGCCACUUCUUCCCUAUUUCAAUGUUUCACGACAAUUUGCUACCUUCAGCCUUAAGGGUUCUUUUAGUGAAAUACCGGAGCUGCAGGUGUGGUAUACCAAACUUGGAAAACCAUCGGAGAGAUUUCUUUUCAAACAACUGGAUUCUCUAUGGCUCCUAGACAGCGGUGGCAGCUUCACGCUGGAACUGCAAGAGGACGAGCUGUUCACACUCACCACGCUCACCACCGGCAGCAAAGGCAGUUACCUGCUGCCUCCGAAGUCCCAGCCCUUUCCCUGUGUCUAUAAGGAUGACUUCAAUGUCGAUUACCCAUUUUUUAGUGAAGCUCCGAAUUUUGCUGAUCAGACUGGUGUAUUUGAAUACUUUAUGAAUAUUGAAGACCCUGGAGAGCAUCGCUUCACGCUGCGCCAGGUUCUCAAUCAAAGGCCCAUCACUUGGGCUGCUGAUGCAUUCAACACCAUCAGUAUUAUAGGAGAUUACAAAUGGUCCAAUUUGACUAUAAAGUGUGAUGUGUACCUAGAGACCCCUGAGAAGGGAGGUGUAUUCAUUGCUGGAAGAGUGAAUAAAGGUGGCAUUUUGAUUAGAAGUGCCAGGGGAGUUUUCUUCUGGAUUUUUGCAAAUGGAACCUACAGAGUUACAGGUGAUCUAGCUGGAUGGAUCAUAUAUACUUCAGGACAUGCUGACGUUACAGCAAAAAAAUGGUAUACACUCACUUUAACUAUUAAUGGUGGUUUCUCUUCUGGCACGCUGAAUGGCAAGCCUCUCUGGAAAAACGUCUCUGUGAACUUCCCGAAGAAUGGCUGGGCCGCGAUUGGAACUCACUCCUUUGAAUUUGCACAGUUUGACAACUUUCGUGUGGAAGCCAUACACUAAUACUCACAGAGUGCCAUAGAACACUCUCUGGAUUUUCUUUCUUUUUGGUUUUGGUUCAUAGCCAUUUCUGGUUUUGAUGGAUCAAUAUAGGAGCCUUUUGGAAGCUACAAAAAAUGGAGAGUAAAUGAGGAGGAAAAUAUAUUUUUGCUUGACCAUCUUGAAGAUUUUUUUUUUUAGAAUUCCAAGGGGAAACAGAUGAAUCUUUAAUAUAACCCGAUACGUCCCGUACAUAGGGCACUAGGUACGUUGGUCAAAUCCUGCAGAGUCGUUUGGGUGUUCAGACCUCGAAGCCUUGUGUUAAUGCUGAGGUAGCUCUCGUCAUCUUAUUUGCACAUGAUCAUGCAGAUGGCAGGGACUUGAUCAUCACUGUGAUGUAUCUAUUCAUGCUGACUGUGUGUCUAGUGAGCUGGUGUCCUCGUCGUGGGUAAUGCUGCUGUAACAGGAAGCUGAAGAACACUGGAAAUACUGCUUUUGUUGUUGUUGUUCGUAUUACCUUUAUUUCAUUUUUAUUAAAACAAAAUUUUUAAACGUCUUUAUUGGAGUAUAAUUGCUUUACAAUGGUGUGUUUCUGCUUUAUAACAAAGUGAAUCAGUUAUACAUAUACAUAUGUUCCCAUAUCUCUUCCCUCUUGCGUCUCCCUCCUUCCCACCCUCCCUAUCCCACCCCUCUAGGUGGUCACAAAGCACCGAGCUGAUCUCCCUGUGCUAUGCGGCUGCUUCCCACUAGCUAUCUGUUUUACAUUUGGUAGUGUAUAUAUGUCCGUGCCACUCUCUCACUUUGUCCCAGCUUACCCUUCCCCCUCCCCGUAUCCUCAAGUCCAUUCUCUAGUAGGUCUGCGUCUUUAUUCCUGUCUUACCCCUAGGUUCUGCAUGACCUUUUUUUUUUUUUUUAGAUUCCAUAUAUAUGUGUUAGCAUACGGUAUUUGUUUUUCUCUUUAUGACUUACUUCACUCUGUAUGACAAAUGCUAGGUCCAUCCACCUCACUGCAAAUAACUCAAUUUCGUUCCUUUUUAUGGCUGAGUAAUAUUCCAUUGUAUAUAUGUGCCACAUCUUCUUUAUCCAUUUAUCUGUCGAUGGACACUUAGGUGGCUUCCAUGUCCUGGCUGUUGUAAAUAGAGCUGCAAUGUACAUUUUGGUACAUGACUCUUUUUGAAUUAUGGUUUUCACAGGGUAUAUGCCCAGUAGUGGGAUUGCUGGGUGGUAUGGUAGUUCUAAUUUUAGUUUUUUAAGGAACCUCCAUACUGUUCUCCAUAGUGGCUGUAUCAAUUUACAUUCCCACCAACAGUGCAAGAGGGUUCCCUUUUCUCCACACCCUCUCCAGCAUUUAUUGUUUGUAGAUUUUUUGAUGAUAGCCAUUCUGACCAGUGUGAGAUGAUGUCUCAAUGUAGUUUUGAUUUGCAUUUCUCUAAUGAUUAGUGAUGUUGAGCAUUCUUUCAUGUGUUUGUUGGCAAUCUGUAUAUCUUCUUUGGAGAAAUGUCUAUUUAGGUCUUCUGCCCAUAUUUGGAUUGGGUUGUUUGUGUUUUGGAUAUUGAGCUGCAUAAGCUGCUUGUAAAUUUUGGAGAUUAAUCCUUUGUCAGUUGUUUCAUUUGCACAUAUUUUCUCCCAUUCUGAGGGUUGUCUUUUCAUCUUGUUUAUGGUUUCCUUUGCUGUGCAGAAGCUUUUAAUUUUCAUUAGGUCCCAUUUGUUUAUUUUUGCUUUUAUUUCCAUUUCUCUAGGAGGUGGGUCAAAAAGGAUCUUGCUGUGAUAUAUGUCAUAGAGUGUUCUACCUAUGUUUUCCUCUAAAAGUUUGAUAAGUGUCUGGCCUUGCAUUUAGGUCUUUAAUCCAUUUUGAGUUUAUUUUUGUGUAUGGUGUUCGGGAGUGUUCUAAUUUCAUUCGUUUACAUGUAGCUGUCCAGUUUUCCCAGCACUACUUAUUGAAGAGGCUGUCUUUUCUCCAUUGUAUAUUUUUGCCUCCUUUAUCGAAGAUAAGGUGACCGUGUGUGCGUGGGUUUCUCUCUGGGCUUUCUAUCCUGUUCCAUUGAUCUAUAUUUCUGUUUUUGUGCUAGUACCAUACUGUCUUGAUUACUGUAGCUUUGUAGUAUAGUCUGAAGUUGGGGAGCCUGAUUCUUCCAUCUCCGUUUUUCUUUCUCAAGACUGCUUUGGCUAUUCGGGGUCUUUGUGUUUCCAUACAAAUUGUGAAAUUUGGAAAUUCUGCUUCUUGAAAACCACUUCAACAUGUUAUGCUUACACUCUAAAAAGUAUUUUUUUCUUUUCCUUUUUAAGAUGAGGCUUUUGAAUUAUAGAUAUAUGGAGUGGGAUGAUUUGAAGAAUGCCCCAUUAAUAAACUACCUCUAACGCUAUUUCUACAGUAAUAAAUAUUAGCAGAUUAAUUGGGUUAUCUGCAUUUUUUAAUUCUCUUGGGUCCGACUUUUAGUCUCGUGACCCUUAUAACUCUCUGUGAUCAUUUUCCCAGGUGACUGGAAGGAGGAAGAAAACCCUAUGUAGCCAAUGCUGUGAGUGGGUCCAAAGGUAAAAUUGUAGCAAUUUUCUUGUGUUUCAUUUCAUUGUGCCUUUCAUUGUCUGUCUUCUCUUGUGGCACUGGUGACAGACUAAAAUAACUAGUGAAUACUUUUAUCUCCUCGUGCCUGGAAGAAAAGGAACACCUAUCUACUUUAUAGAAUUGGAUCAUCCUCUAAUAUUUUGUGUGGUUAGAAGCAUUUCUUUUGUUAAAGUACAAAUAUAUUUAGGUAUAGGUGAGCAUAUUUCUAAUGCAGUAUAAUUUGUAUCUAAUCAUUAGUGUACCUCCUAGAAGCAAAUCAAUCAUUCAUGUGGAUAAAGUAAAUACUGGAAUUUUUUAUAAUGAAAGUUUAAAACUAUUGAACUAAUUCUACAAUUUUGGAAUUUGUAGUGAUUUAAUGUAGGCUAAACUGAUAUGAAGUUUUGUAUUACUAUUGGAGACAAGAAGCUAAAUAUUAGAGUAAAUCAGAUUACAGAGAAAAUUUAAAAAUUAAAACCAAGUCUAAGUGAUUUCCAGUUUAGGUCCCUACAUAUUUUUUAAAAUUAACUUUCUUGAGGUAUAACUUACAUACAAUAAAAUGUUCCCAUUUUAAGUUUACAGUUCAGUGAGUCUUGAUAAAUGGAUAUAACCAAGAUAUUGAACAUUUCCAUCACUCCAGAAAGUUCUCUCGUAUACCUGUGCAGGCGUUUCCCCUCAUCCCCACCCCGAUCCCAGGCAACCAUCAAUCUGAUUUCUAUUACUGUUGUUAAGUUUCCUUUGUUCCAAAACAUAAAAGUGGCAUCAUACACUUUGUACCCUUUUAUGAAUGUUUUCUUUUACUCAGCAUAAAGUGUUUGAGAUUUGUUUAUGUGCUGUGUAUAUCAAAGAUUUGCUCCUAAUUUCAAAGAGUACUCCAUUGAAGGGGUAUACCACGAUUUGUCCCCCCAGUUUUUGGUAUUACAAAUAAAGCUGUUGUGAACAUUUGUGUACAAGUCUUUGUGUGGACAUAUGUUUUCAUUUUUUCUGGGUAAAUACCAAGGAGUGAAAUUGCUUCAUGUUUUGGGGAAGUGUAUGUUUAACUUUAUAAGAAACUAUCAAAACUGUUUUCCAAAAUAAUUGUAUGAUUUUACACUUCCAUUAGAAAUGUUUGAGAGUUUCCGUUGUUCUACAUUCUUGACAAUGCUUCCUAUUGUUAUUCUUUCUAAUUUUAAUGCUUUCUUGUGAGUUUGUAGUAGGUGUAUUAGCUGCUGGGCAUCUUUUCAAGGACUUAUUUCUCAUUCAUGUAUUUUUUUUGUGAAAUGUUUGUUCAUAUCUUUUGCUCAUUUAAAAAAUGUGGUACUCUGUCUUAUUGAGUUGUGAGAGCUCUUUAUACAUUCCAGGUGCAAUUUUUCUUUUAAAUCAGAUAUGUAUUUUGUCAAUUUUCUCCAAGUCUAUAUCUUUUGAGGAGUACAAAAUUUUAAUUUGGAAGUCCAAUUUAUCAUGUUUUCCUUUUAUGGUAGGUGUUUUUUUGGUGUCCUAAGAAAUCUUUGUAUGCUCCAAGUUCACAAGGAUUUUCUCUUUUGUCUUCUAGAAGUGUAAUAUAUUUAGCUUUUACAUUCAGGUCUGUGAUCCACUUUGUGUUAUUUUUGUACAUGAUGAGAGGUGAGGAUUGAGGUUCAUUUUUUUCCUAUAUGGAUAUUCAAUUUUUUCCAGCAUCAUUUGUUGAAAAGACCUUCCUUUGUCAAAAAUCAAUUGACCACAUAUGUGUACAACCAAUAAUAAACUCCCUAUUCUGUUCUA